UUACAACUAAAAGUUGUAAACUCUUGUUGUUGAAAUGUGUUGUGCUUAAAUAAGCUUGUUAUGUAAUUAAUAUUAUUACAUGUGUAUUUGUCGCCAUCAUGUGGUCAUGGCAGUUAAUACAUCUUUGAGAAGUGUGUAUUUUGAAUCAAACUUUAUUGACCGGAAGUUACAUAAGCCAAGCAGAGAAAUCUCCGGUUCCAGCAUGUACUUUAUGGUGGUUAUUUUCGAAGAAAAACUGCAUAUAUCCUUUGUUUAAGGUUGCAUCGCCGUUUCACCCUUUUGAAUGUCAUUAAACCUGCUGACAACGCUCAUCGGUCUCCAGAGUCGUGACGUAAGAAAGGUGUUAAACAGCCCUUGCAUCAGACAUGCACCCCUAGCGGCACAGUGAAACGGCGGCAUCUAAACAGACAGAGGUAACGCAGUCGUCGCACGCUAGAGUGAAGCUGACCACUACUACGCCACAACGCUACAACGCAGACGGCAUACAGCAGUGAUUCAGCAGUCAUCAUCUAGUCCACCCCACCAUGUCCAGCAAGGCGCCAUCUUUAAAGACCCGGUCCGAGGCUUCGACGAACUCCUCCACAGGUUCCGCAGCAGCUAGGGCAAGAGCAAAAGCUGAGGCAGCCAAAGCCCGCCUCGGUUUUGCAGCAAAAGAAAUGGACUUAAAAGUAGAAAAAGCUAAAAUAGAGGCAUCUAUUGAAUUUCUUCAACAUGAAAAAGAUGUUGCAUCUGCUAUUGCUGAAGCAGAGGCAUUAGAAACAGCUGUAGUCACACAGGUAGAAGCACGCAGCAAUCCUUGUUCUUUUGUCACAUCUGAACGUACAAAGCAAUAUGUCCUCAGCCAAGCUGAAUUUGUAAAAGAGGGAAAAUAUGUUGUUACACAGCCAUCACAAUGUGAAAAUGCUCCUCAGAGCAAGUCAAAGCUCAGUAGCAAUCAAUUACUUCAACCAACAAAACAAAGUGACUCUAAACAAAUGCCCUUUGGCCCCCCUAAUUAUCUUAAAAACUUCCAAAACCCCUCAGUCAUUUCCUCCUCUCCUCACAUCCAAAACAAUGACAGUGCAAGUUGGUCAACUCAGGUAUCAGCAUCCAACUUCCAUGAUGUCCGGCCUUCAUGCCAAGAGCCUAAAAACUCUAAUGUGAGUGACUUUAUUAGAUACUUUGCUCGCCGGGAAAUAGUAGCAACAGGACUACUGCAAUUUAACGACAAGCCUCAAAAUUUCAGAGCUUGGAAACGUUCCUUUAAAAAUGCAAUAAAUGGAUUAGAACUAACAACAAGUGAAGAGAUGGACUUGAUGUUAAAGUGGCUUGGCAAAGAAUCCUCUGAACACGUAGAACAAAUUAGAGCCAUACACAUUAACAACCCAACCAAAGGUCUCAAUAUGAUGUGGGACAGACUUGAGCAAUGUUAUGGCUCAGCUGAAGUGAUUGAGGAUACACUCUUCAAAAUAAUUGAUAUGUUCCCCAAAAUCACAUCCAAAGACUACACAAAACUAAGGAAGUUUAGUGACCUGCUCAUGGAAAUGCAGAGUGCUAAAGCUGAAGGAGACCUUCCUGGUCUUGCGUUUUUGGAUACCGCAAGAGGAUUAAAUCCAAUUGUGCAGAAACUUCCCUUCAAUUUGCAAGAAAGGUGGAUCACAGUAGGAGCUAAAUACAAACGCACACAACGUGUCCCCUUCCCACCAUUCAAUGUUUUUGUAGACUUUGUAACGCAGGAAGCUAACUCAAGAAAUGACCCCAGUUUUAACUUUACAUCGUUCCCUGACGUACACAAACUCGACAAACUGCCAUGGAGAGCAUAUAAACAAAAAGAAAUUUCAGUGCACAAAACUGAUGUUGUCUCCCGUUACAAUUUAGAUACACAAAGAACGCUUUGA